AUGAGCAAAGAUUAUAAAUAAUUAGCUAUUUAAUAUCAUUUGGCUUAUAUGAAUCUAAAACAAAGGAUUGAUUUGUCUUAAAGAGCAUUUAAUGUAUACAAUCCUAUUUAAUUAGACAAUUGAUUUUAAAGUGCAAUUGGAAGUAUAUUACCAAUAAAAAUUAAAAUCAGUCAUAGAUAAAUAUGAGGAUCAUAAAUAUGAUGAAGUGUUUUAGUAUAUAAUUACUAACUGUUCAAAUAAAUAUCAAGCUUAAGAAUAACUGAUAACAGAUAUGAAAAAUGCUAGAGAAGAAUUCUCAAAAAAUAUAAAUAAUUAUUAACAAUAAUUCCUCAAUUUACAUGACAAAAAAGAGAAGUAAAAUUAGUAUAACUUAGAUCUAUAAAUAAAUUAAAGUUAGCAUAAUAAAAAUUGGUUUAAAGCUAAUCCUUUUAUGUUUCGAUUACAAAAGUAUUUGAAAGAAAUGUUUUGACAAUUGAAUUAGUUAAUAAUAAUGUCGAUUAAAAGUUGGGCCACAUGAAAACAAUCUAAGAUCUUAUGAAAAAUAAAGAGAAUACAUUUGGAAAUUAUAAAAUAGCUGUAGAAAAAUUUAAUUAAUAAUAUAAUGAAAUCUUACCUGAAAUGGAAUUGUUUGUCAAUUAGAUUAAAGAGCUUGAAUCAAAUGUAGCUGAAUGCAUAAGAUAAUUAUUUCAAAAAAUUGCACUGGCUGAAGUAUCUGCUUUAAGAAACAGGUAUUUAUAUAAUAUAACUUUAGGUAAUAUGAUUUAGAUUAAGUUAUCAAAUAUUUAGAUAAAGUUGACUUUACAAAAAUUAAUACAGUUUUUAAGUUUACAGACGAAGCCUAUGCACCUGCAAAAGUUGAACAAUUUUAAACAUUUUCAACAAAAAUUGUAAAUAAUUAUCUUCAUAAAUUUAAUUUUGUUGGUUAAGAUGAGAAAAAUCUAUAAGAUUAAGAAUAAUAAUAAUAGGAGGAAACUUUAUUACAAGAAUAAAAAUAGAAAAUAGAAGAAUUUUCAACUACUUUAUAAAAUAAACAAGAUUUAUCAGAAAAAUUAAUUAAUUCUAUUGAAUAAAGUAUAAAUCAGAAUACUGCUUAUACAAUUUUACACUCUUUGUCUCAACUUAUCAAGUAAUAUUACUGUUUAUGGUAGAGCUCCAGUAUCUAUUGGAAAACGUAAUCUUUAAAUGAUAUAAUCAUUAUUUAAUAAAUUAUUGGAUUUCAUUCCUAAAGAAGGUCCUAAUAUACAUAAGAUUCAAAAACUAUCUACAUUUAUUUACUCAUAAUAAGAAGAGGUAAUUUCAUUAUUUUAGAUUUUGUGUUAAAAUCCUAUUUUCUCAAAAAAAACUGAUUAUUGGGAAUGGUUAAUAUUCUGGCAGGUAAAUCAAACAUGUGAAGGAGUAGAAGACUCUGAUAGAUAAUUGAUCAUAUUUCAAUAAUUUUAAAAUACUGUUUAAUAGAUGGUUUAAGCCAAAAUUCCUGUUUAAAUUAUAAACACUUUCACUUCGGAUUUAGCACCAUAUUAUGGAUUAAAAGCAUAAUAAAUCGAAGAGAUUAAGAAAUUAUUAUCAAAAUUUAUUCUAGCAUAGCAAUCUAAUCCAAGCUCAAAAUUGUAAAUUCAGUCUUUUGAUUCAGUAGAAUGAA